UGACACUAUGAAACAGUUUUAAUACGAUAAUUAAAUAAAUAAAUUUAAGAUGCGAACCUUACGAUAAAUAAUUGUUAUAAUUUCAGUGUAGAUAAUUGUCUAUAUAGAGUAGCAAUGAUCUCUGCUACAAGGCUCUUAUUUUAUUCUAGUCUGGAGGAUUUUAAUAAUAUUUGAGUACUGAUAAAUUCAUUUAUAAAUUGAAUCACAAGUGUAGUUAUAAAACAGGAAAAUAUAUAUAUAGUUCUGAGAUAAGUAAAAAUAAUAUUGAUCAAGAUGACUACAAAGGCAACUUCGCAAGGGGGCGGGGAUAUUUUUUUAGCGAGAUAGUAUUUAAUGUAGCAGCUUCUGUAGAAGAGAUCAGUGAGAGGUGAGAGAAGGAAGUAGUGAGUGAGGUAAUAGAAGUGAGGAAGGUGAAGGAGGGAGGUAGAUAUCAAAGUGAGGGUGACAUCUAAGUAGAUAUUGAGACGCCGCUGGUAAACAAUGGCAGCAUCAGCUGACGUGUGGUAAUGUACUCUUAUAUUCCUCUCUGAAAACCUCUCAUUACCUCCUACCCGUGGCCUCCUUCUGUGCCUACUGCUGCUGACCUCAUCAUGGAGUCUUCCUAUAACUCCCGCUGCCCAGCUGUGAAGCGCUUGUUUCGUGAAGCUAAGGAGCUGCACGAGGCAACUGAAGAGUAUUUUGCCCAGCCUCUCGAUGACAACCUUUUUGAGUGGCAUUUCACUGUCAGGGGUCCUGCUGACUCUGAGUUUGAUGGUGGCAUCUACCAUGGUCGGAUAAUAAUGCCUGCUGAUUACCCCAUGAAGCCUCCAAAUAUUAUAUUUUUAACGCCCAAUGGACGGUUUGAGACUAAUAAAAAGAUCUGCUUGAGUAUAUCUGGUCACCAUCCGGAAACAUGGCAGCCUUCCUGGAGCAUUCGGACAGCACUCUUGGCUAUCAUUGGCUUUAUGCCAACUCCUGCUAAUGGCACUAUAGGCUCACUGGACUACACAGCUAGUGAACGUGCUAAGCUAGCCAAAAAAUCCUUGGAGUAUGAGUGCCCUCAGUGUGGGAGUAUAAACUUGCUGCUUAAGGAGAGGACAAGCAACAAUAAAGAGCUUCAAGAAGAAGCCAGAGAAGUUAUGGGUCAAGUGGCUGUUUCUGUCGGGGUGGAAAAUAAGGAAGAAAAUGAAGAUGCUUCAGUAUCCAGAAAAGAAUCCAGCGGCACAAGUGACUUAAUGGCGCCCCGUGAUCAGUCUAGUACAGAGGUGACUGCUGACAUUUCUAGCUCCUCUGUGCCUGCCAAUAGUAAGAAUACCGAGUCACACUCGCUGCAAGCAACCAGUCAGACUACACUUCCUGGCAAUAGUGUCUCUAGCUCUCUACCAGCAGUGGGUGGAAACUCAACUCCUGAAAUAUUAAUGGAAGGUGCAGAUGCACACAAUGGCAGAAGAAAUCCCAUAUCAGUUUCAAAUCAAGGCUAUAUGUAUAAUUUGGUGUUGUCAUCCGCAAUUUUUCUGUUUAUCGGCCUUGUGGUGAGGAGAAUAUUUCUUUUGGAAGGGGAGACAUCAGAUGAGCUUGAUGAGGUUCUACUCUGAUGUUAGUGGCUUACACUUUUCAUCCCUGUGAUUGGCAUCUUUCACAAAUGUUGUUAGUUGUCAAGUUUAUAAAAUUUCCACCAGUGUGCUGUAUAUAAUGUACUACAUUCAGAAAUAAUAUUUAACUAAGCUAAUUUCCUUAUACUAUAUAUUUUUUUGUUUAUUUAAGCGGUGCUCUUCAACAAUGGAGUCCUUUGAGUUUCAGAUAAUGCUUUAUUUCAUGGAUUAUUUUUAUAUUACAUAGAUUAAUUAUUGUGUGCAGUAAAAUACUUAAUUCCAGGACCCACUGUUGAAAGUAAUUCACAUUGCCCUAGGGGAGUAACCUGAUGCUGGUGAAGGGCUCUAGAUCCAAGAAAUUGGCACUGCCCUUUUCCAUGGAUCAAAAGUUAAUUACUUCCCAUGUCUUAAGUGCUAUAUGACCCCUAUGGGUUUAUGCUUCCCCAUGAAUAUGAUUAUUUAUAUUAUUACAUGACUGAGUUUGAUGAUGGGAGUUAAUAAAGCUUUGGUUAUGGUUAGCAUUUGUUGAUUCUAUAGACUUGGAUGAACUAUGCUUUGAAACUUGGUGUUUGUUCUUACUUAAAACAUCAGAAGUUUGUAUGUGUUUUGUUUCAGUGUUCAGAUAUAAAGAAGCUGUCAUGCUUGGCUAAGAUUUAAAUUUAGAAUUCAUCAGAUGUUAUAAUCAUUGUUGUAAUGUGUGUGUGUACUGAAAAUUGGCAGAUUUUGUGAGCAUUGUUGGUAAUUUUGGAUACUAAAUGAAGCAUACAGUAAAGGUGCUUAUAGCAUUGUCUUUUAAUUUAGAAUAUGACACUUUGGUUUGAAGAAGGCUGGGCAGCCUUGUGUGACGAGUCUGGUCUUGUUGGCCUUUUUAGCUAACGAAAGUUCAGUAAGCCUUUGUGAUAGUACUGCAUUCACCAUGGAUUUUAAUGUAUUUUCACCCUCCAUUUAUCACAAGGUUAAAUUGUUUAUUUUUUUAUUGGAGUUUGGCCUGGUUGAGUUAAAUAUCUUGAAUUAAAUAUGAGAAUCAUGGAGUUGUACUAGAAAUGUUGACCGAGCUAGAAAAGUGAAACAGAAUUUUAAGAAAAUUUUAACAGGAAAUUUGAAGCAUAUUUAAUACAAUGAGAAUUAAUUUAUUGCCAAAAUUCAUUGUAACCACAAUUCACCUUCAUAAGUAAUAGUUUGGCUUUAUUGAUCACAGUAAAAUCAAGGAUACUCUUUCAUGUGUUAGCAGGUAGAAACAAAAUUAAAGAGCAUCAGCCAUUACCAAACGCUUCUCGAAGUUCUGGAAAACAAAGGUGUUUGGGAAGACAUAAGGUGGUUCACCAGUUUAUUUCAUGGAAUGGUUGGAGUUUGGUAAUGAGGAUAGAACAGCAGUCUGUUAGCUACAGUGGUAACAUUCAAGAGAGGUGACUGCAGUGUGAAUAUUACAUGGUCAUUUGUGAAGAGGGGCAUGCACCUCUUUUCUUCUGGCUGCAACAGCCAUGGAAAAGAAAAAGUAAAGCAUCUUUGUGAUGAAGCUAAUGAUUUAAGAUUAGAUGUGAGGUCAGCUGGUCUGAUAAGGUAAUUAUCUUUUCUUAAAUUACAUUACAGUGGACCCUCAACUAACGAUAUUAAUUGGUACUCGAGAACGAAUAUCGUUAGUCGAGAUUUUUUAGCGUUAGUUGAGGCAAAAUGUUAGCGUUAAAAUGUAUCGCUAGUCGGAUUUAACGUUAGAUGAUGCCAUCGUUGGUCGAGGGUCCACUGUAUAUGUUUUAGAAAGAACAAAGAGGCACAAUACCGUGUCUAGAACAAUACACAAAUGACCCACACAUAAGAGAAAGAAACUUGUGACGAUGUUAUGGUCUGACUUGGACCAUUAACUAGUCUCAAACACAAGCUUCUUUCUCCUAUGUGCGGGUUAUUUGUGUAUCACAAGUUUUAGUAGAUCAGGAGUCUCAAAUAAUUGAAAAGAAAAUAUGGAACUGACUUUCUGCCACCUGAAUGUAGGGCCCAUUUAUAAUAUAAGGUGUUUUGUCUGAAACCUUAGUCCCCAUUCUCUUGUCAUAGCUCUGUCCUUUUGUCUUCAAAAGGAUAACCUUACCAUUGAUAUUAUGAUUGUUUAGAAUUGUUAAAAUACAGUAUUAAUGACCAGUAAAGAAAGUGCAUCAAGCCCUACAGUAUGUAUGCAUAUAUUUUUUCUAAAUACGUACUGUAAACACGACCCUUUACUUUACUGUACUGUUGUGUGUGUUGGUUCUUUUUUUCGUUCCUUAGCUGCACCAGCUAUCUUGUUGACAUAUACAGCCCUGUACACCAGUCUUAUUUGUCUUUCAUUUCAUCUUUUUUUGAAUUGGCUGUUUCUAACCAAGACAGAUUGACCCAAAGGAGGAAAUAUUCAUCAUUUAUUCUCUAAAUGUUUUUCCAGAAGUGCACAGACAAUAAUAAUAAUCUUUAUUUUUACAAGUACAUGUACAAGGUAUACAGACCUAGCUGACAUCAGUGACAUACUACUGUAUAGAAAGAUCCUUGGUAUGCAGAGCAUUUCGGGCAAAUUAGGUAAAUUUUGUCCCCAGCAUGUGACCCACACCAGUCAUCAAACACCCAGGUACCUCUUUUACUGAGAGGUGAACAUAGGCAGCAGGUGUUUUAAGGAAACACGUCGUGACGUUUCCACCCGUACCAGGGAUUGACCCCUGGACUUGAGUGUGUGAGUUGAGUGCACUAGCAAUCAAGCUAUGAGACACGUUCAAACCGUCCAAACUACAUCAUCCCCCCCACCUUUUCUUCAAAGCACCUCUUGAAAUAUCAUAUCCUCAAUACUGUACAUCAUUUAAAUUUCUCUUGGGUUUCUUAAUUUCCCAACUGCUUUAUAACCUAUAUGGGUUUAACACUUUUUUUUUUUUAGUAUAAUGAUAAUUAUUUAAUCAGUUUUUAUAACCUUCAAGAGAGAAAUAGGAAAGUAUAACCAGGCAGUGUGUCUGCCUCAAGCUUAACAGAUGAAGCAUCAAGCCUCUGCUAUUCUUCGUGCUGAAGGUCCCAUGCUGGUUUAGCGCAUUUCGUAAUAUAAAUUUUAAAUUCUUAUCUACAGAUAUACAGUGGACCCCCGCUUAACGAUCACCUCCAAAUGCGACCAAUUAUGUAAGUGUAUUUAUGUAAGUGCGUUUGUACGUGUAUGUUUGGGGGUCUGAAAUGGACUAAUCUACUUCACAAUAUUCCUUAUGGGAAAAAAUUCGGUCAGUACUGGCACCUGAACAUACUACUGGAAUGAAAAAAGUUCGUUAACCGGGGGUCCACUGUAAUUGUAAUUAUCAUCUCUAUAUAAUUAACACAACCUUAGCUAUAUGCAGUAUGAAUUUCAUACCAUUGCCUCUCAUUUACUGAUGUAGUCAGUGUUACUUCUAAGUAUGGCAGAUGGUGCUUGCUCAUGUUUUCAAAUAUGUGGGAAGUGUUAUUUUUCAACAUUUGACACAUACUUAUUUUGAUUCUAAUUUAUAAAGAUUUUGUUCCUUUUAACAUGUUUUAUUGAAAUGUGUGAAGAAAUAUUUCUUAAAAAAAUAAAGUCGUCAGAUUA